AUGUUGCCCAGCUCCUUAACCUUGACCACUUUUGGACCAUCAAAGCAGUUAAUCGCCCUGGUGAAGGCGUUGCCAAACUUAUUCCCAUCACCUGUGGCUCCACCCAAGAGGUUGGGAAAUGCAAGUGAGGCUUUGCUUCACAUCCUUGAGCCUUCAGACAACCCCAACACCUUUCUACAAGCAAGAACACUCUCCAGCCCGGUCGUAGUUGUCUGUUAA